CUAAGCCAACGACUAACGGCGCAUCGCACUUCGCAGCGACACGACACUCCGUGUUUCACUGAUGUAUAUUAUUUAUUACUUACAAUAAUUGCAAGAUAAUCGGUUGUUUGUAAAACAUUUGUAGUGAUUUCUUUUAAAUUCGAAAUAUUCUAUAUUAAUAAAUAUGUUUGUUUUUAAGUCUUCUUUGGAAGAAUCGUUGUGUUUACCUAAUCGAGUUUCUAAAUGUAAAUGGUCAAAAGAUUCUAAAAAUCAAGUGCCCUCGUGCCACAGUAAAUGGGACUGGAAACACGAAUCGAAAAAAAUUCUUCCAGAUAUUCUGUCAGCUGUAGGCAAUACUCCUAUGGUAAAAUUAAAUAAAAUACCCAAGGCUGAAGGCAUAGAAUGUGAAAUAUAUGGAAAAUGCGAGUUCUUGAAUCCUGCUGGUUCAAUCAAGGACCGCAUAUCUCGAAGAUGUAUCGAAGAUGCAGAAAAUAAUGGUUCUUUAAAACCAGGCGGAACUGUUAUAGAAAUUUCUUCUGGAAACACCGGUGCUAGCAUCGCUUGGACAUGUGCUAUUAAAGGUUAUAGAUGUAUUAUAAUACUGCCGGAUAAGUUUUCAAAAGAAAAAGAAUCUAUUAUAAGAGCUCUUGGGGCAGAUGUGGUACGAGUUCCUUUGGCAAAUCCGCCCGAUUCUCCUGAAGGAAUGUUUGGAAAGGCGCAUAUAUUAUACAACCAGAUUCCGAAUUCUGUUAUCAUAGAUCAGUUUUCAAAUCCAGCUAAUCCAUUAAUGCAUUAUGAUACAACUGCUGAGGAAAUUUUUGACCAGUGUGAUGGUCAAAUCGAUAUGAUAGUUUUAGGUUGUGGCACUGGAGGUACACUGGGUGGUAUUAGCCGAAAGUUUAAAGAAAUUUCGCCCCAAACACUCAUUAUAGGAGCCGAUCCAUACGGAUCAACGUAUGCCCAACCAGACAGUCUUAACGAAACUGAUGUAAAAUUUAUUGAAAUCGAGGGAAUUGGUUACAGUGAACUUUUACCUCCAGUAUGCGAUCGAUCAAUGGUACAUAAAUGGUACAAAUUUCAUGAUAAAGAAGCUUUAACUAUGGCAAGAAGGCUCAUUAAAGAGGAAGGGUUACUAAUAGGAACUACUAGUGGUCUCUUGGUGGCAUGUGCUGUAAAAGCUAUAAAGGAGUUUAAACUUGGAAAAGGAAAAAAAGUAGUUGUUCUCCUACCAGAUGGCACAAAAAACUAUUUAAGCAAAUUCGUACAAGAUCAGUGGAUGGAACAAAGAGGUUUCAUGCCAUGUAUAAAUACUAAAAAUCUGUGGUGGUGGGAUAUAAAAGUUACAGAUUUGGAAUGCAAACCUACUAUAAACGUUACAAUAAGUCAAUCACUUGACGAAGUUUUGACUAUUAUGGAGAAAAAUUCAAUGAAUUAUUUGCCAGUACUAGAGGAAACAGGACAUGUUAUUGGUGUAGCUAUCAGAAGAAACAUUGAGAAUAAAUUAAUUUCUAGUGAGAGCUCUCGUACUGACCAAAUUGUUACUUGUUUGGAUCGUAUGUAUUCCAAAUUACCCAAAUGCAGCAAUCUCGGAUUAGUUUCUAGGGCAUUGGAAGUAGAAAAUUAUGUUUUGGUUCUGGAUUCUCAAGGAGAGUUAGAUACACCGUUCUGUCUUUUAACGUCUGAAGAUGUUCUGCGUAUAACACGGGCAAAGAAAUCACCAUAAAUUAGUUAUUUUUUAUUUUUACAUUCUGUUUUUAAUAUUUAACCUUUUUUUUAAUAUUAACCAUUUAAUUUUUUAUUUUCACUUUUUUCUUUCUCUACAAGAUAUUUUUGAUACUGAGCGAGUUAAUUUGUUGAAAUGAUGAUAUAUUUUCUAAAUUGUGACCAGUUUUGAAGUUAACUUUACUUUACAUCUGGCUUGUGUGGUGAAAAAACUGGAAAAUUGUUUAGAUAACGAAGUUAUAGAAAUAUAUUUUUUUACUAACAAUAAAUAAUAUUACUAAUAAAAUACUAACUUAUAAGAUUUUUUUGAGCAAAUAAAUUUUUCUAACCAGGUAAA